UGCCUUCAUCCGUGAAAGGAAAAUAGUAGAGAAUGUCCUCCUAGGGCAUGAGUUAAAGCAUUACUUGAAAAUCAAAACGCAAGGUAAGAAAGGGUACAUGGCUCUGAAGGUUGACAUGGAAAAGGCAUAUGAUAGAGUCGAACGGCAUUUUCUCCUUACAUUUUUGGACAAGAUGGGUUUCAACUCUAUUUGGAGAGGCUGGAUACAGGAAUGCCUCCGAUCAACGAUGUUUUUGGUCCUUAUGAAUGGCACUCCUUUAGUGAUCUUCACACCCUCAAGGGGACUCGGACAGGAAGAUCCGCAAUCUCCGCUCCUGUUUUUGCUUGGCACGGAAGGGUUUGCGGCUCUCCUUUGGAAAGUCAUUUCUGAAGGGAAACUUGAAGGGGUUAAAGUUGCCUCUAGAGCUCCUCGGCUCUCGUAUAUGUUCUUUGCAGAUGACUCUUAUUUAUUCCUCAGAGGAUCUCUACAAGAAUGUGAGAAUUUGAUCAAGGUUUUAAAUGAAUAUGAGGAACUUAGUGGCCAAAGAGUUAACUUGCUAAAUCGGCAGUUUACUUUAGCAAAAAUAUCGCCAUGCCGGACCAAGAUUUCUUGGCUCAAAUUCUGGGUGUCGGGGUUGUAGGGGUCCGAGAUAAAUAUUUGGGGUUUCCUACACUGAUAGCCAAUCGAAAAUGGCCGCGUUUCGAUACUUGGAGGAAAAGUUGUUGAGUCUAAUUCAGGGAUGGAGCAAAGGACUCUGUCUUGGACAGCUGAUGAGACUUUGAUUAAAUCACUCGCUUUAGCUCUUCCCUUGCAUGUUAUGUCAUGCUUCAAGUUACUCUUUUCCUUUGUUGCCUCUUAGAUAAACAUGUGGUCAGAUUCUGGUAGGGGGCUGAAGAGGGUCAGUCUAAAAAUCGAUGGAUGUCCUGGCGGAAUAGGUGUCGUUGUAAACAUGAUGGGAGUAUGGGGUUUUGCCGAUUUGAGCAUUUUAAUCAGGCGCUCUUAGCCAAAAUUGGAUGGUGCAUCCUUAAUGAACAACAUUCCCUCCUAGCCCAGGUUUACAAAGGUAAAUCUUUUCCGAAUGGGACCUUCCUCGAUGCUACUGCGCGAUCUCGCCCAUCUUGGGCAUGGCAAUGUAUCCUUUAUGGUCGGCAGUUAUUAGUAAAGAGGCUACGGUGGCAUAUUUGGUAAUGGUCGGACAGCUUCUCUGCUUCAUUCUAGUUGGAUUCCUAGGUUACAUCCCCAUACCCCCAAUGUAUAACCCUCAGGUGUUACCAGAUGGUGGUGACCUGACAGUAGCGGAGGUAAUUUGCCAAUGGGAGGGGCGAUGGCGUGAUCUAAAACUUAGCCAAUUGUUCGACCUGAAACCUUGUCAGGCCAUUAAAGCAAUUUCUCUCCCUCGGCGGGAUGUUGAGUAUAGAUCUAGCAUGACACGCCUUAUGGGAUUUUCAUUGUUAAAUCUGCCUAUCAUUUUGUCGUCUUGUUAGAUAAACAGGAGGGUUGACGGAGAUCCAUGACUAGCUAGAUGGAUAGAUCCAGUUGGAUUCGUUUAUGGGAAGCCAAUAUUCCACCCAAGUUAAGAGUAUUCUUGUGGCAAAUCUUCAACCGCAUCCUUCCAACGACGGAAGCCCUAAUCGAGAAGGAUGUCCAUGUACUUCCCAGAUGCCCGGUUUGUUGGGCAGAGUUGGAAACAAUGGAACAUUUGUUUCUUGAUUGCCCAGUGGCAAGGGAUUUAUGAGAUCUUUCGGGCCUCGAAUAUCUUGGUCAAGGACUUCCUUGUCAUACUUUCCCACUCUUCAUGAAAAAGUUGAUGUUGCUAAUACAUCAACCUCAACUGUUCAUGGCGGUAGUUGCGGUCCUUUGGAGGAACUUGCAAUCACAAAAUUGGGCUGUAUUUGAGGGUAAACAGUUUGAGGUCCCAUAUUUAAUGCGACAAUGCCACCAGCAAUAUCAGGAAUGGGUUACUUUGCCAGUAGACUAUGUGUUGCAGUCCUCCAUCCCACUAGCACAUUCAUUGGGUGGUGUGAACCCUGAUUCGAUUGUUUGUAUGUGGGAUGUGGCAACUAAGAGUGCAUCCCUUUCAGCAUACGGGAUGGUUAUCAGGAGUCAGGAUGGGGAGAUCCUCUUGGCUAAAGGGGUGCGGUUUGUGGAGAUUGAUGAUCUUAUGGUUGUUGAGCUGCUCGUUCUCCGGGCGGCUAUUCUCUAGUGCUUGAAGCAUGGUUUUACGAAGACAAGAUUGGAAGGUGAUGCCAAAGUGGCCAUUGAUAAAAUCAAUCGGGUUGACACCCAGGAUAACGGGAUUGGGGCCAUCCUCGAGGAGAUCGUGCAUUAUCUCGCGCUUCACAAUGGCCUUAGUGUGUGAUUUGUUGGUCGGUGUAGUAAUAGAGUAACCCAUGUUGUGGCUAGAAAGACCCUUUCAUUGUACCCGACUAUGAGUCGUUUCUUUAAUUUUCUGGCCUGACUGAAUUCCAGGAUUUAAUUACCUAUUUGUCAAAUCAAUAUAUAUGAUUAUCUUUUUUCCUGCUCUUGGGGAUUGUGUUUCAAGGUACAACCUAGGCAAAAAUAAUACAAGGACGAAAAAGGACUCAAAUGCACCCUUACAUAACUACAUUUGGAUCUUAAUUUAAAGUGGACUCAGAUGAAUCUAAAUCUAAGUGUUGGAAAAAUUAAAAAAAAAUUUAUUUUCUCUAGUUUUCAUAAUCGAUUCUUAUCUUUUUCGUUUUAAUUUGGAUUUUAAAAAAAUUUGAACAGAUUGAAUGAGUUUGUUGUGAUCUACAAAAUAAGAUUCAUUUUCAACAUAUUUCGAGAAAAAAAAAUUCAUACCACUCAUUAGCAACUAGGGGUGGCCAUUCGGUCGAUUCGGUUCAAACCAAACCGAAAUAAUGCAUACUGGGUCCCCAAAUUCCAUCAAACCCCAAACAGAAUUCGAACUGAAUUAUAAGUUGGUUCGGUCGGUUCAAACUGAAUUAUAAUUCGGUUCAGUUCGGUUUUUUCAUACAAAACCGAAUUUGUGAGGUUAUCUUGUAUUUGCUCUCUUUUAAGUUACUUUUCACCUUAAUGUGAACAAUAAAUACGCCAUUAUAUGCAUAAAAUCAAACAUUUCAACACAUAAGUCAUAAAACACUAACAUGAUUCAAAUAUUUAAGUCCUAUAAUAAGUACAAACAUAAAAAUCCACCAUUUGGAGCUUGCAAUUAUAGUAAUUCGGUUAUUUGGUUCGGAAAUUCGGUUCGGUCGAAAGGACCCUGAUUUCCAAAAUAUGUCAUUUUCCCUUCCGAACCAAAUAACAUUAAUUCUGUUUCGGUUCGAUUUAAAUUCGAUUAAGUUCGGUUCGGUUUUACCGAACCGUAUGCUCACCCCUAUUAGCAACCUGGAAGGAUGCCACACUAUUUGCAAUAUCAUCGAAAAGGGAAUUAUAGAUCCAACAUCUUACAAUAUUAUCAGAACUAUUACAGGACUGCCAAAUUGGAUCUACAGGUGAGGAACAUGAAUCAUACUAUUCACAAAAUGUAGCUUAUUCUUCGUACUGAGGGCAAUCUCCAUCAUUUUGCUCAAAAGAUAGUAGUUUCGAGUGGUGGUUAAACCACCAUCGUUAGGAGGAAGAUAGUAAUUAUUGAGGUAUGGAUCCUCAUAUCUGGUGUUUGGGGAGUGUUUGUGGAAGGGUUGUGGAGGAAGAGGCGGGUCUUGGUUUCCAAAUCCAGCCAACUCAGAGCCAUCUGAUAUGUGGCCAUCAACUCCCAUUUAUGAUCAAACAUAGUGAAGGAAGAAUGCUAAAAUUAAUUAGAAAUUGGAUGAAAUGAGUUGAGAUCUAGGUUAGAGAGUAACCAGACUUGAUACCAUGAGAAGAAAAACAACAUAUAGGGUUUUUGGGAAGGAUUCUCAAUCGAGAGCCUUCUGGUUUUCUUAUUUAUGUAUAAAUAGUUCAGUUCUGCAAAGUGUUUUUGAUUAGCGACAGCUAAUCUACAAUAACGAGUGGUAUAAAUUCGUACCUUCAGUGCAAAAAUUUGUUCGUGAACUUUUUCUUCAUAAAUUUGUAGAUCCAACCAAUCAUAUGAUAAAUUAAUACUUUUGUGCAUUCAAAAUUCAAGUUAAAGCGAAAUAGCAUCAUGAUAAAGUUAAACUAUAAUGUUCAACUCUCUCAUAUUUAACAAACAAUGAACAUUUAAAAAAAAU